AUGACUACCGUCAAUAUUCAUCCUGGCCAUGUACUGCAGCAGCAACAACAACAACAACAGCAAGGCGUGCUAAGCUAUACGGAUUUGCUGUGCUCUCAAGCAAAUUUCACCUCGUCGUCUUACGACAAUGACUUUUCAUCACUUCUCAGCUACGAUGGUGGUGAUGGCUCUACUACUACUACCACCACUGGUGUUGCAAGUGCUACCCAACAUACUACCACAAUGGCCGAAACUUGUUCUAUUGCACCUAUUGCAGCAACCAUGACCACUUGCGCAGCCAUUCCAUCAUCCGCCUCUGGUAGUAACAUUCUCGAGGCACCCUUUUCUCCUAUUACUCCAAUCAUGCAUCCAUUAUACUUUCAACAACAGCAGCAGCAACAACAACAAUCAACACAACCACAGGAAUGUAAUACGUCGUUUGUUGGUCCAUAUGGAAACACAUACAUGUCGCAUGAAUCGUUUGGCCCAUACGUUUUGGAUGAAUACGGUGCAGAAGAUACAACAACAGCUGCAAUGCAUCAGCAGCAGCAGCAGCAACAAGAGUCACUUUAUUCCUCAUCCUCAGCUCCCCCUCCUUUGAUGCCAUUGACACUACCCUUUAAACAUGUGGAACAUACAUCCCAGCAGCAACAACAUACCUCAAACAAUUAUGCGAUCGCUGCUCCCACUAAUAACAACAAUGGCAAAAAGAGUAUUUCUCCACCAGCAACAGCAACAACAACACAACCACGUUCACGUGGGCGACGCGUAUCCAGUGUACCUACUCAAGGUGAACGCAUGUUUGUAUGUCAAACAGAAGGCUGUGGUAAAGUCUUCAAGCGCUCUGAGCACUUGAAACGCCAUACUCGUUCCAUUCACACACUAGAAAAACCAUUUGAAUGUCCAUAUCAAAACUGCCACAAGAGGUUUUCACGAUCCGAUAACUUGAAUCAACAUAUACGCAUCCACCGACAUAAUCAUGCAAGCAUUAAAAAGGAAAAGAAAUCAGCUCCUACUACUACGCAAUCAUCUUCUACGACAUCACCAUCAUUAUCCCUUGAUCCAUAUCAUUUCCCUAGCAGUAAUUUUUGCACCGUAUAA